CGAGGGAGGAAAAUGAAGGGGAACCGCUCAGUCCCGUCACUGCCACGAGCUGGGCCAGCGAAGCCCCCAGCCCUACCUCAGAGCAUGGGGUGGGGAGCGGGCUCUGCCGGGCUGUGCUGCCGGCUGCUUGGGCUGCUCCUGUGUCUCAGCGGCGCGCUCCAGCCUGCAGAAACUCUUCAAGUGUUGAUGGGAAGCACCCCACUGAUCGUGUCAUUGAAUGAUAACAUCUCCAUACCAUGCAAGAUCUCUGGGUACAAUACAGCAGAACUGGAUAGCAAGAACGUGGGAGUUACCUGGUAUCUUAAGACUCCGAGGACAGACCAAGAAGAAAAAGUAUUCACAUUUCAUGCUGGAGCACAUAUUUCCCAUAGAAAUGGGGCCAGUAUGUCUGACAGUGACCUGAGAAGAGGAAAUGCUGCACUCUCUCUACCACAGAUACAGUUUAAGGAAGCAGGAAUAUAUAGGUGCUAUGUUAUUGUCGCACCUUCUGAUGCUCAUGGAACAGCUGUUUUAGAGGUAGUUGCUCAACCGGAAGUCAGCCUGUCUCCAAAGGAAGUUACAAUAGAAAGUGACAAGGAGAAGACCCUGUCGUGUGAAGUCAAUAAGUUCUAUCCAAAUUUGGUUGACAUUAAGUGGAUGAAGAUAUCAAAGAAUAACCAGGACAGUAGCGUAGCAGCAGAGGAUAUCCACACAGGAGCCUCUAUAGAAAAUGAAGAUGGCACAUUUAAUGUCACUAGCAUACUAAGGCUGCAACCGUCUUUGCAAGAUAAUGGAAAUGUCUAUAGAUGUAUUGUGAGUCACAAAACAUUUCCUGCCAAGUUACUUCUCAAUAGCACCUUGACUGUCACAGCCCCCAAGUCAGAUUUGAACACUAUAAUUGGAGCAGUCAUUGGAACAAUACUAGCCUGUAUUAUUGUGCUCGGUUUGGGUACUUUCGUGUACUGUAGGUGUUUGAAGAAAAUUCCACCUGUGACGUGACACUCCAUAUUCGUUAUACAAAUAUGCCUACGAUAUGAAUAUGGCAUAACUAAAAUAUAUUUUAUGCAAGAUGACUCACGUAAGAUAUAAUUGGAAAGGUUAUGAUUUA